AUGUCUCCACCAUACGCACAUAUUUCCACGAAUCUCUACCUUGGUCGAGAUUCAAGCGCAGCAGCAUGGCGCGCGAUGAAGUUCGAGGGUAAAUGGAUGGUGGCAGCCGGUUCAGAGGUUAUGCCGCCGCAACUGUCGCCGUCCUCGUCGUCCUCGUCGUCGACGUCGACACUGUCCCCGUUGUCAAUACGUUCACAUGGCACACUCGACUCGUUAUUAUCGAAAGAAAAAGAAGAAGCCGUCAUUGCUGUUAGUUUUUCCUCCUGA